ACCCCCGAUGAUGCAGGCACUGGGGAUACCACCGUUUGGAGGACCUCCACCCCCGGGAAUGAUUCUAGGUGGAGAAACGCCUAUUACUCCGCCCGGAGUGAAGGUGCCGGUGCUGACCUCAGCAGGAGCAAGCCAAAGCCCCAAUACGGGCGGAGGAGAGCCAACGGAGAUGUCUCGACGCGUGAGAAAGCAAAUCCAUGAAGGGCCAGAACAAACGCUCGUCCCAUCUCGGGUCGAGGAACAAACCGUAACAAUGACGAGAGAUGAGAUGCAAAGGAUGAUAGCUGAAGCAGUGGCAGCUCAGCUCAAGCAAGUUCAGCCCGAACAACCUAGGGUCGAGCCACUAAGGAUCGAACAGCCAAACAUCGAACGUGAACAACAGGCCCAGUCCAACGAGAGGCAGAACAGGAGGGCAGAAGAGGAGGCUUCCUCUAUCAGGACUGUUAACCCACAAGCGAGAGAUGAAACGCUGGAGCAAUUGCUGGCUCAAGUGCGUGAUUUGCAAGCCCGGGUCGAGGGAAGAAAAACCGGUGGCUCGAGAGGACAUCCGUUUUCACAGCAUAUCCUCGACGCUGAUCUACCACAAGGCUUUC